AUGGCCCCGUGGCCCGCACCUCCUCCGCCUCCGCCUCCGCCUCCACCUCUCGCCGCGCCGCCGCCGCCCGGCGCCUCUGCUAAGGGCCCGCCGGCGCGCAAGCUGCUUUUUAUGUGCACCUUGUCCCUGUCCGUCACCUACCUGUGCUACAGCCUCCUGGGCGGCUCGGGCUCCCUGCAGUUCCCCCUGGCGCUGCAGGAGCCGCCGGGCGCCGCCGCCGAGCCCCCGCCGAGCCCGCCGCCGCCCUCGCUGCCGCCUCCCCCCGUGCGCCUCGGCGCCCCCUCGCAGCCGCCCGCGCCGCCGCCGCCGGACAACGCGAGCCGCGGGGAGCCGCCCGAGCCCCCCGAGCAGCCCGCCGCCCCCGGGGCGGACGGCUGGGGGCUGGCGAGCGGCGGCGGCGGGGGCGCCCGGGACGCCUGGCUCCGGACCCCGCUGGCCCCCGGCGAGAUGAUCACGGCGCAGAGCGCGCUGCUGGAGAGGGAAGCGCAGGAGUCCAGCACCACCGACGAGGAGCUCGCAGGCCGGAGGGCGGCCAACGCGAGCAGCGAGAGGGGCGGCGCCGCCAGCACCCCCGACUAUGGGGAGAAGAAGCUGCCACAGGCGCUCAUCAUCGGGGUCAAGAAAGGAGGGACCCGCGCGCUGCUGGAGGCCAUCCGAGUACACCCGGACGUGCGGGCGGUGGGCGUAGAGCCGCACUUCUUCGACAGGAACUACGACAAGGGUCUGGAGUGGUACAGAAAUGUGAUGCCUAAGACUUUGGAUGGGCAGGUGACCAUGGAGAAGACGCCGAGUUACUUUGUGACAAACGAGGCUCCCAGGCGCAUCCACGCCAUGGCCAAGGACAUCAAGCUCAUCGUGGUGGUGAGAAACCCUGUGACCAGGGCCAUCUCCGACUACACGCAGACACUGUCAAAGAAACCCGACAUUCCCACCUUCGAGGUGCUGGCCUUCAAAAACCGGACCCUAGGGUUAAUCGACGCCUCCUGGAGUGCCAUUCGGAUAGGGAUCUAUGCUCUGCAUCUGGAGAACUGGCUCCAGUACUUCCCCCUCUCCCAAAUCCUCUUUGUCAGCGGGGAGCGCCUCAUAGUGGACCCUGCCGGGGAAAUGGCCAAAGUACAGGAUUUCCUAGGCCUCAAGCGCAUUGUGACUGAAAAGCAUUUCUAUUUCAACAAAACCAAGGGGUUCCCUUGUCUAAAGAAGCCGGAAGACAGCAGUGCCCCGAGAUGCUUGGGCAAGAGCAAGGGUCGGACUCAUCCCCGCAUUGACCCGGAUGUGAUCCACAGACUGCAGAAAUUCUACAAACCCUUCAACAUGAUGUUUUACCAAAUGACUGGUCAAGAUUUCCAGUGGGAGCGGGAAGAGCCUGACAAAUGAGGCUGGGGAAGAGGAGGGAAGGCCAGUGAAUAGCUAAGGAGGCUCCUUACCUGAGUCCUGAGUUACCCCCGGGGGUCUACAGCCUCAGCCUUGCUGGAGCACCAAGUAGAUCCCCUCCUUUGUCCAGCCAGGAUUGCUUCCAACGCUGUGGGCUUGGGCAGAGGGGUGGGUCCCGUGGCCUCCUCCUGGAGGCAACAGGUUUGCCUUGGCAAUGGCAUCUGGUUGACCAGAUGGCCACCAGGAGCCACUGUUCCUUCUUGUCUCCUGCUAAUUAAUGGAGUCUAAAGACAGGCUAAAUAGCUGUCAAGGUCACAGACAGUGCCGGGAAUGUUUGCUUACGUGAUUAAAAAAAAAAAAAGGAAGGUCUAUUUUGGUCACUUUAGAAGCCUGAGCCCCAGCCCUGACUCUGGCACAGCCCUCUGCUGUAUAAACCUCUGCUUCCGCCUCUCUCCAGAACGCUACUUGUGGCUGGGUGCCCCAGGACUCCUGGGGAGCAAGGCCCUUUGUCUAAGGCGUCUCUAACCUUCUCCUUAAAGGUCUCAUGCCACAACCCUGUGACUUCCCCCUUCCCCACCUCAUGAAGGCGGAGGCAUGCACGUUCCUCACCAGAAAAAUAAAAAAUAAAAAAGCUGACACCCUUAGAAGCCUUUUUUCCAAGAGCCCUCUGACAAGGGUUGGGUCUCUCUCUCUCUCUCUUCAGGAGUGUCCCCGGCCGUGGAGAAGCUUAGCGUCAGCUGAGAAUCAGGCCUGCAUAGCCCUUCUCAGACCAGCGCGAUCGCCCUUGAGUUCCGAGCCCUGAGGUUGAUAAAGAUAAAUGCUCUUUCCAGGGGUGAAAAAUAGAAAGCCAGACCUUUGGGGGGGGUGGUGUUCAUAAGUGAAGACCCUUAGCACUGUGGUUCUGGGAAAUGCUUUACGGGUGGUUUAUCCAUCCCUUAGGGUCCGCAGAGGGGCAAGGACCGGAUAGCGGGCAUGUCUUCUGUUACAACGAACAGGGGCCUUGCUCACCACCCUUCUGUUUGCCUCACUGUGUUCCCCCUUGUGGUCAUCUGACGCUUCAUGUGCUCUUCUCAGAGAUGGCCCACAUUGGGGCCCCAUCUAUGGAGGGUUGUCAGAUCCCAUCUGGGGAUGUGGGGGAAGGGCAAGGGCUGUCUUCAGACACCCCUUCCAGGGGCUGCCGAACAAAGUGCCCCUUCCCGUUACUUCGAUUCGAUUGAAACGCAGCACUUGACAUCAAGCACCAGCUCACAGAUCUCCCAAACCAGGGAUGGUUCUAGCAAAUUUCAAAAGAUGUAUGAGUGGGGGGAGCUAAGUCUGUUCAGCUGAUAUUAAACUGUCAUUUCUCCCGCUAAAUGAAAACCGUGUUGUUAUAAAGCUUAAUGCAACCUGA